GUGUUGUUUUGGUCACACUGCGCUUCCAUUUUGUGUUUGUGGCUUGCAUUUUGUAUUUUUGCAUCUUAAAAGUGAUUCUCCUGGAGUAAAUACAAUUAACUAUGUCCUUUGAUGCGAUACCCAAGGACCUUAGGGGUCUGCGCGCCUGCCUUGUCUGCUCACUCAUAAAAAGUUUCGAUCAAUUUGAGACUGAUGGCUGCGAAAACUGCGAGGAGUUCCUGCGUAUGAAGAACAACAAGGACAAUGUAUACGAUCAUACAAGCAACAAUUUCGACGGCCUCAUUGCCCUGACAACACCCACUGAUUCCUGGGUGGCCAAGUGGCAGCGGAUUGGCCGCUUCAACCGAGGAAUAUACGCCAUUUCCGUAUCUGGAACGCUGCCUCAAUCGACGCUGCGAGAUAUGAAAAACCGUGGAAUCGUCUACAAAACUCGCGACAGGAGCCAGCGCUAAACAAAAACUAUCGAUUGCCGUACAAAAUACAUGUGUAAAUCUUUAUUUUUAAGUUAUAACAAAACCACAAAUACAUACAAUA